AUGGCGCCUAACAAUAAUUUCUCAUGGACGCAGUACUUCCCGCCCAAGCCACGGUACACCAUCGAGGACAUCCCCGUCAGCCUCCAGGGGAAAGUCUACAUUGUAACGGGUGCGAAUAGCGGCAUGGGCAAAGAGCUAGCUCAAGUCCUCUAUGCCAAGGGUGCCAAGGUGUAUGUUGCCUGCCGCUCUGAAGAGAAGGCUUCCCAGGCCAUCAAUGAGAUCAAGCAAGCCGAGCAGAAGCAGAGUUCCAAAGGCGACCUGAUUGCCCUGAGCCUGGAUCUCAGCGACUUACGCAAAGUCCAAGCAGCGGCUAAAAUCUUUCUCGCCAAAGAGAGCAAGCUCUACGUAUUGUUCAACAAUACUGGGGUCAUGGUUGGGGACAACAACAACAAGGACCUGACGCCACAAGGCUACAAGGAGGCCCUUUGGGUCGCCACCGCCAAAUCCGACUCGGAGCCUGCCGGUUCUGUACGCGUCGUCUGGCUAUCAUCGUUUGGCCUGGAGCAUUUCGCGCCCGAGGGACGAGGCGUCGACCUCGACAAUCUGGAUCACCACACGCCCAAGAUCCCAAUUGAGCGGUACGGUAUGAGCAAGGCCGGGACCUGGCUGCUGGCGGUCGAAUACACUCGGCGAUACAAGGAUGUCGUAAGCGUGGCUAUCAACCCCGGCAACAUCAAAACAAACCGAGCCCGCCACCAAGGCAUUGCGCUGAAACUCAUUGCCGGUGCCAUUGUCUACCCAGUGAUCAACGGGGUCUACACACAGCUGUUUGCAGCCUUCUCGCCCGAAGUCACCACCCAAGUUGACUGGACUAAGAACUGGAUCAUCCCAUUCGGGAGGAUUGCCGCAUUCCGGCCGGAUCUCACCAAGGCAACCCUUCCGGUGGAAGAGGGCGGGAAUGGAAAUGCACAGCAGUUUUUGGAAUGGCAUGAACAGCAAGUCAAGGACUAUCUGCAGUGA